CAAAGACCUCAUUGCAUGGCCAUUUGAGUCGUUCUCACUUGCUUUGAUCAAACUUAAAUCAUUAUGUAAUUGUCCAAGAGUUUUGAUCGAAAAUGAAUCGGUCGCGUAACGGUUUCCACAUUAGAAGGAGCAAUUAUAGUGAAUGAUAGAGGCGUCCCCUUCUCACCCACCCCCAGCUCGGUCAUCCCAGCCCCAUCACCCCUUCUCCUCCUCCCGCUCAGUGGCUGCUCCGAGCUGUCAGGGAGCGCACUAUAAAGACCAAAGGGACGGACCUGGGAAGAGCUUAUAACGCUGUUGGUCGCCUACCGGACAACUACAGGAGCGUGAAACCUUUUUACUGAUGAUUUGAUACACGAACUACCAUUAGUGGAUUUAACAAGAUUCUCUUCUGAAGGAUAUCGUGCUCGGGGGUUUUCAGAGAGUGGAGUAUUUUUGGGAAAGUUUAGCGACUCCGAGGGACCCUGGGAUGCUGGCUGUGUCCGUGCUGUGCGUCCUGAGCUGUGCGUGGCUGCACACCGAGGCGGCCUCCCGGCUCAAGUCCCCCGCGCUGCCCAUCCAGUCCGAGAGAGAGCCGCUCCCCUCCAAGGGCUUAUCAGGAUGCUCAUUUGGAGGCCGCUUCUAUUCCCUGGAGGACACAUGGCACCCAGACUUAGGAGAACCCUUCGGCGUCAUGCACUGUGUUCAAUGCAACUGUGAACCCCAAAAGAGUCGAAGGGGGAAAGUUUUCGGAAAGGUGAACUGCAAAAACAUCAAGCAGGACUGCCCCGACCCGGACUGCGAUGACCCCGUUCUCCUGCCAGGACACUGCUGUAAAACCUGCCCGAAAGUUGGUCACGACAAGAAACACACAGAUCCAAUGCUGGAUACCUUUGAGUUCCACGAAAAGGGCAAAGAUAAAGAAGACGACUUGCACAAAUCCUACAACGAUAGAUCCUACCUCAGCUCCGAAGACAUGGGGCCUGGAGAGAGUCGUACCGAUUUUGUGGCCUUACUGACAGGAAUAAAGGACUCCUGGUUGCCAAGCUCCAGCGGUGUAGCUAGAGCCCGCUUCACUCUGACCAGGAACAGCUUGGCUUUCUCAGUCACAUACCAAAGAAUGGGCCGUCCAACUAAAAUCGUCUUUCUGAGUGUGGACGGGACGACUGCCUUCGAAUAUAAAGUGCCCAAGGGAAACUCAGACAUGAUUUGUGGAGUGUGGAAGAACAUUGCUAAGCCCCUUCUACGACAGCUGCAGUCCGAACAAAUGCGGAUCACCAUGACGACGGCCAGUAGUAGGCGCGACGAAGUGGAGGGCAAGAUUAUCAAACAUAGAGCGCUGUUUGCUGAAACUUUCAGCACGAUUCUCACAUCAGAAGAGGAAAACUCCGGUAUGGGGGGUAUCGCCAUGUUGACCCUGAGUGACACGGAGAACAACCUGCACUUCAUUCUCAUCCUUCAAGGCCUCAUCAAGCACAAAGGAAAAGAUCCACUUGUGGUGCCCAUCAAAGUCCAAAUGGUGUAUCGUCAACACGUCCUGAGAGAGAUCAGAGCUAACAUCACCUCUCAUGAUCCGGAUUUCGCCGAGGUGCUGACAGACCUGAAUAGCCGCGAGCUCUUUUGGCUGUCGAGGGGUCAACUCGCCAUCGCCGUGACAACCGAGGGUCGCGAACCCAAACAGAUUUCUGGCUUCAUCACCGGGCGACAAUCAUGUGACACUAUUCAAAGCGUAAUGUCGAGCGGCGAUGCUCUCAUGCCAGGAAAAACUGGAGGAGUCGGUUCGGCCAUUUUUAAACUACACGAUAACGGGACGCUGGACUAUCAGGUCCAAGUCGCCGGUCUCAGUAGUAACAUCCUCGGGCUGACCAUCGAGCAGAAGCCCCGGCGCCGGAACAAGCGGUCGGUGCUUUAUGACCUGACCCCGGAGUACAGCGCGGUUACCGGACAGGCCGUGGGCAGCUGGAGCAGGCUGGAGGCUCGACACAUCCACAUGCUCCUGCAGAACGAGCUCUUUAUUAACGUGGCCACAGCUCACAACCAGGACGGAGAGCUCAGGGGGCAGAUCAAGGCUUUGUACUACAGCGGACUGGACGCGCCCAGGCAUGAACUGCCCACUCCUCUGGCUGGCUUCUUCGUCUCUCCCCCCGUGAGGACCGGAGCUGCUGGACACGCCUGGGUGUCCGUGGACCAAAACUGCCAUCUUCAUUAUGAGAUCGUGGUGGCCGGGCUGAGCAAAGCUGACGACGUGACGGUGAACGCCCACCUCCACGGACUCGCCGAGAUCGGAGAGAUGGAUGACAGCAGCACCACCCACAAAAGACUGCUCACCGGCUUCUAUGGCUCACAGGCUCAUGGAGUUUUGAAAGACAUCAGCUCUGAAUUAUUACAACAUCUGGACCAAGGAACCGCGUUUAUCCAAGUCAGUACCAAGAUGAACCCGAGAGGAGAGAUCCGAGGACGGGUCCACGUCCCCAACAGCUGUGAAGCGGGCCACAAGGGGGACACGGAGGAGACCGAGGCCGAGGAGGUUUUGUCCAGAGACCCCGAGGAGCUGAAGAAAGACCCGCACACGUGUUUUUUUGAGAACCAGCACCACGCUCACGGCUCGAGGUGGACCCCCAACUACGACAAAUGCUUCACCUGCAGCUGCCAGAAGAAAACUGUCAUCUGUGACCCGGUGAUCUGCCCCGCUCUGACCUGCUCCAGGACCGUGCAGCCGGAGGGAAAGUGCUGUCCUGUGUGUGAUGACAAGAAAGAGCCCAAAGACAUGAAGGCCGCAGAGAGGGCCACCGAAAACCCUGAAGGCUGUUACUUUGAAGGAGACCAGAAAAUGCACGCACCAGGAACCACAUGGCACCCAUUCGUACCUCCUUUUGGUUACAUCAAAUGUGCAGUCUGUACUUGCAAGGGUUCCACAGGAGAGGUGCACUGUGAGAAGGUGACGUGUCCGGCUCUGACCUGCAGUCACCCCGUGCGCCGUAACCCGUCUGACUGCUGUAAGGAGUGCCCCGACGAGGAGAGGACCCCCCCCGGCCUCGAGCACACCGACAUGAUGCAGGCCGACGGACCGCGCCACUGCAAGUUCGGCAAAAACUACUACCAAAACAGCGACAACUGGCACCCAUGGGUCCCUCUGGUGGGAGAGAUGAAGUGCAUCAACUGCUGGUGUGAUCAUGGUGUCACAAAAUGCCAGAGAAAGCAAUGUCCGAUCUUGACCUGCACUAACAUCACCCGAAAAGAGGGCGCUUGUUGUCCCGAAUGCACUGAUUCCAUAGAAGAUGACGAAAUCGUAAUGAAAACUCCAGACAAGCGACGGAACUGGAGACACUGACCACUGAGGAUGCUACUUAGAAAUCCCAAAAAGGACUAAAUUAUAGACUUUAUUUUACAAGGAGAUCUAACUCGGAGAUGCACCGCGGAUCUUAACUUUUAACUCCUUCCUUCCACGUAUUGCCCACCCGGUAGCAGCUGCAGGAUUGUACGGAAAAAAAAAAAAAAGCCGAGAUUUUGGGACUGUCCAGAGACUUGUGUAGCGGAACAGACGACGCUACGAACGGGACCAAAUGUGAUGGUGUGCGUGUUUAAGUGUCGCUAACUCCGCUUGCUUUUGGUUCUUGGUCCGGAAUUGUUGACGGAGCUUCGCGUUGAAGUGCAGCAACGGCAUAAAAGCAACUUGUGAAGAUAGUGUAGUGUGAAUGUGUGUGCGUACGCUUCAAGUACUAGCAGUAUUGUACAGCUCAGUAAACUCAAAUAAUGUUGUAAAGUUGGAAAUUUUGUAAGUAAAACGUGUAUUCAUAGACCAGUGUCAAGGCAGAGAUUCUAAAAUGUAAAAAAAAAAAAAUGUCUCCGGCUGCUUCUCUGCAUCAAUUGUCCCUAUUUUGUUGCCUCUUGUCUGUAAUGAAUUAAGUAAUAUUUUAAUGAAUUUCUAUUGUUGUUAAGAAUAUGGAGCUGAUUUGUAUUUUGUAUUUAUUGAACGCUGUGGAGACAAAAUUAAAAACUGUAAA